CUCAUCGCCAGUGGCCGAGUCGUAACAGAUGACAGGACUCGCGGGAACGUUUGGCAUUCUCUCGCCGGCCUCGUCCUCGUCACCAUCUUCGCUGUGGAUGACGUGGCUGUGGUAGGCGACGCAGUGCGAGUGUCGCCGAGGCAAAGAAAGUGGGUGGUUCGCACGGUGUACCGUUGCCGUCAUGUAGCCGACGUCUGAACCGCGAGGGAAGCGGAUUUCUUGCAAGGAAUGUAGUGGAGACAGUGUCAUCGCUGUGGGAAAGACAGUGGCAUCGAGUGCGAGUGUCGUCUUGUGUCGAACCGUGUUUGUGUGUGUUGUGUUGUGAUGGUGGGAGGCGAGGAUCCCGCGCACCGCUACUGCGACUGCUGCUCCGACGCGGGCGAGGACAAUCAGCUCCUGGAGCCUCCUUUGCUGAGGGGCCUCUCGCCCGCGCCCUGGCUCACCCCGGACGGCUCGACGCCCCGGGGCCGCUCGCCGCUGCCCUGGCUCACGCCGGACUCCUCCCCCGCGUCGUCCCGCAGCUCCGACGCCCCGCCGUUACCCCCGAGACCCAUCCCGAGGUCGCCCGUCAGGAGCAGUCCCCUGGCCCUACGGGACGCCCUCUACUCGGUGCGGCUGCCACUGCCCGCCCACCAGCCGUCGCCGUGCCAUUGCGACGGCUGCACGCCCUCUCAGCAGGAUGAGGACUCCAUCUACGAGGAGGUGGGCUUCCAGUAUUACUCGAACCCGGGCGUGGCGGGCGUCGCGGGCGACCUUGCUACCGUGGGUCUAGAGAAGCCCCCUAGCCAGUGCCAAUGGAAGCGCGGCUCCUUGGGCGGCCCGCCGGACGACAGGGCGACGUGCGGGCUCCUGGGCACCAGCGCGGUCGUGUUCCCCGACGCCGUGUUCCCCCUCAAGGCGAAGCCUCCGUCCACGAGCUCCUCGGGCGUGGGCGGCGUGCUGCGCUCGCUGGGCGUGUGUGGCCGGACAGCCUCGCACUCCACCGUGGUCGAGACAGUAUCCACCUGCACGCUGGAUGACCUGGGCUCCGGCCAGAGUGCGUACGGUAGUGGCACCUAUGGCAGUGGCACCUAUGGCAGUGGCACUUACGUCAGUGACACUUACGGCAGGGGCACCUACGGCCGUGGCACCAACGGCACCGACGCAUUCGUCAAAAGUAACAAGCCGCCGUCACACACUCGGCGGAAGGUAAGUUUGGCACCGCCGCAAUCCAUGCCCGUCCCGUGUGAGCAUGACGGUCCCAUGACAAGUUCAUGGGAACCAAUUCGAACUCAAAAUACAGGGCAAAACCAAACCAAAAAACGGCGAGGCCACUGCAGUAACAAUGAUAAGAAAUACCCGACAACCACAGUAUGUCAAGGGCCUCAGACCGAACGGGUCGGGUCGAAGGGAAGGGAAGUCUUCGAAUGCUUGGCGGAAACUCAAAGAGCUGGGGUUGAAGGCCCCGAAUUACGGGAUCACUCCGCGCCGCGCCGGAGUCGACCGACCUCGGGUGAGUCGAGGUUUCAGACAGCAUGA